AUGAAAUACAUUUUAAAAAAAGCAGAAAAAAAUGUGGAUUUUCAGAUGAUAAAAAUUCUCCUGGUUCAGAAUGUAGAUAAGAAGAACAUAGAAAGUACAAUAAAUACCAAGGGGAAAAGGAAGUUAUUCAAAAAUUAUAUUUUUUCCAAGCAAAAAGUGAGGGCUAUAGAAUGUGUGCUGCUUCACAUAGCUCAGAUGGAUGAAGAUCAUUACACUUUUCGUGAGUCUUAUAAAGAGUUAGACAUAUCAUCGGAUGAGUACCUGUUGUGUGUGGAAGCCGUGUGUGUUUAUUUGACACAGAAUGUGCAGAAGGAUAAGGCGAACUAUAGAAAAUACUUGGCUAUACAUAGACACGUUAGGGAGCUUUUGCGUGGGUACAUCAGUGUAUAUGAAAGCGGCAGUAGUAGAUCCGUGCAUGGGACCACGGGCGUGGAUACGCAGGGAGAUGAGGACAGUCAGAGGAUCAAACAGAAGAAAAAGAAGAAGAAGAAAAAGAAAAGCAAGAAUGCCACCGAGGCAGAGGAGGAUAUUGCCCCUCUGCGCACUGACGAAGGGGGAUGUGCGAGCUGCAAAACCAGGGAGGACAGCGACGGUGGGGGACCCACAAAGAGCAGCACAGACAAGAGUAACACCGCCAAAAGCAGCACUUCCAAAAGCAGCACCGCCAAGAGCAACCCCACGAGGGAGAGCCCCAUCGCGGAAGUUCCACAGCAACCGGAUGCGCCCUACGAAGGCUCUGAAAAACUGUUCAAAAUGGUGAACGAAGAAAUGAAAAAAAGGGAUCGAGAAAUUGACACACUAAAAAGGUCAUUGGAGCUGAUAGAAAAGGAUGUGAAGCUGCUGCUCAGGAAGAGUGGCGUCAGGACAGAUCCGGUGGACUACUCGUUGGAGGCUUCCAGAAGGAGCAACUCUUCGUAUUGCAGCGCGGAGAAGGCACCUCCACAGGGGAAGUCAUCUGUGAAGUCAGCUGGGAAGUCAGCCGUGAAAUUAGGCGCCAAGUCAGCCGUCAAGUCAGCCACCAAGUCAGCCGCCGAGCCAGCCGCCAAGCCAGCCGCGGAACCACUUGUAGCCAUCCCCAUAAGCGAGGAAGAUGUGACGUCAUUCAGGCACAAGGCAUUCGUCCUGAUGAACCUGUUGAAUGAGCACCUCACCGAGAAGGAAACCAAAACAGGCGCAAGUGCGAAGAAGCAAACGGAAGGGGAGCCACUAACUCUGAGUUAUUUGAACGAUGAAAUUGACAGACUGAUAGGAAUCAUGACGAGGGGGGAUAAACCGUGUGGCGAGAAACUGUGUGACGGCAAACCGUGUAGCGGCAAACCGUGCAGCGGCAAACCGUUUGGCUACAAACCGUGUGGCGACGUGAGACAAAGCAUCAGUGAGGUGUGGAGCCCCUCGGAGGGUGCCUCCAACUUCGAGGAGGAACGAUACAAAUUGGUAUCUCCCCAAAUGAAGGGAAUGUACAGAAAGGGAAAGGCAGCCAAGGGUGAGCAGUUCUUCGAGCAGAUAAUUGGGGAGGUGUCAAAUGUGGGAAGAAAAGCAGGAGCCAAGGAAGAAGACAGAAUUGUGCACAUGGCAGGGAAAGCUGCUUUUGCGAAAAUGGGCUCCUUUAAAAUGGGAUCAACAUCUGAGUUAAAGAAAAACCAAAACGAUGCGACCAAGAUAGAGAAUAAGGUUUCCCCACAAAGCUACACAGAUAGGGUGAAAGAAAGGCAAAAGAAAUCAUCCAUCUACGCGUACGACAUAAGUACCACUCGGUGGAGCAACCACUACAGCGUACUUGAACCGAAAAGGGAAAGGAAAAAAAAUAGCAUCGUUGAAUACGUUAAUAAUUUUAUGAGCAGUGUAGCGAAUGAUAAGAUAAACAAAGAAAUCUCAUCUGUGGAGAGUAGCAAAAGGGAAGACAUGGUUACUUCUCAAAACACAAGCUCGGAUGCAUCCGUCAUGGUGGUGAACACGUAUAGGAGGAGAAACUACUUCCAAGAAUAUAUGAAUUACUGCAAUGAGGUUGACGAGGAUGAUGGGGAUGCAGAGCAGAGUGACCUCGUGCCGGUGAACAAGCCCCCCCAUGUGUACUCCAGGGGCGGCAGGAGCACCAACCAGUGGAAACGCGAGAAUAAAGAGAAAAGAGAAAAGGAGGCUGAGGCUGGGGCAGAGGCCGGGGCUGAGGCAGAUAAAGAGGGGGUGAUCGAAAACCGGGCGAAGAGUGAACACCUGAUGAACCUGAAUGCGAAACAGACCAACCGCAUGCUGAGCAUCGGCAAGGUUAACAGCAACAACACGACGACGACGACGAACCAUUCCGUUGAGAGGAGAGAGAUCGGAGUUGUGGAGGACAGCGACAGGAAUCAGGAGGAAGAGAAGGGGAAGAAGAAACGGAAGGAGCAGAAGGGAAGCGCUCAUGAAGUAGCGCAGGCGCUAGUGCAGGGGAUUGUGAUAGCGGGCAGACGGGACGAAAGGGAGGACCCAGCGAAGGAAAGGAAGAAUAAAGAAGGCCAAGAGGAGGAUAACAACCAUUGUGGGGGCAAAGAUGACAAAGGAGAAAGUGACGAUGAUGAGGAGGGGGAGAAGAAGAAGAAGCAACAUCCGCAGCAGUUGGACGAGCUUGACAAGCUGAGCGAUCAUGAGACGGAGAGCGGCGACAGUGUGGUAUACAACUAUAACCUGUAUAACGCCAUCUACGACCUGAACGAACAGUUUUCCUCUGUGGUGAAGAAUAUGUACCAGGAGAAAGAGGUUGGGGGGACACUCGGAGGGUCUCCGGAAAAUGAAAAGGUGAAGUCUAAGGGGAAGUCUAAGGGGAAGAAAGGAGGGAAGGUCCAGCAGGAAGUGGAGGACUCGGUCGAAGUUGGCGAAUCGGGCGAAUCGGGCGAAUCGGGCGAAGUGGGUGACGUCGCAGAGAGUGGCGAGAAAAGGAGGAGAGAUGAGAAACUAAAAAGGAAGGCCAAAAGGAAGGAAGAGAAACGGCGAAGGAAGGAACUGCUGCAGGAGGAAAAAAGGAAAGUGAAGGAAACAAAAAAGGAAGAGAAGAAAAAAAUAAAAGAAAUGAAAAAGGAAGAAAAGAAGAAAAUGAAGGAGGCGGAGAAGGGGAAGAAGAAGAAGUUGAAAGAGGCGCGGGAAGCGAGGGAACAGGAGGAAAUGAAAGCGAAGGAGGUGAAGAAGGCCAAGGAGGCCAAGAAGGCCAAGGAGGGCAAGGAGGGCAAGGAGGCCAAGAAGGCCAAGAAGACCAAGGAGGCGAAGGAGGCCAAGAAGGCCAAGAAGGCAAAAAGGGCUGCGGCCAAAGCAGCCGCAAAGGUAGAGGCAAAGUCGGCCGCAACCGCAGCGGCCGAGCACGUGGAAGGAAAGCUCACAGAAUACUCCUCCAUGAGGGAGGACAGCCCCAGUGAAGAUACUCAGGCGGCUCCCCCCCCAAACAACGACUACAACUUCAUCGAUGCCACGUCCAGCGACAAGCAGAAGAGGAUGAGUACGUACGGGGGGAGGACCAUAUACGAUGAGUACAUAACUCAGGAGAAGGCAAUUAGGGGCAUCAUCAAGAAGAAAUACAUACGGGGCAUCCUCACCGUCCGGAGACACGACUACGGGUUUGUCAUCUGCAACGACAGGAAGGUGCACAUAAAGUCGAAGAAGGACAUGAACAGAGCGAUCGACGGGGACGCAGUGGUGGUCAAGCUGAAGAGGGACAAAAGGGGAGAGGCAAGCGAGGUAGGAGAGACGAAGAGGGGAAAAAUGAUCACCGAUAAGGAGUACGCUAAGCGGGGAAAAACGCUCACCGAUGAGUACGCUAAGGGGGGAAAAAAAUUAAAUGGCUGGAUGGAAGAGAAGAAGGCAGACGAACUAACAGGAAAAAUAAUCUACAUAGAAGAACAUCACGGGUCGAACAUCCAAUACGUGUGCAUAUUUAGAGAAAAAAUGAAAAGGCAAAAGUUCAGCAUGGCAAUCCCAUUUAAAAAAAGUAUCCCAUUUAUUAAAGUAGAAAAUAAACACAUAAUUGAAUUCAUGAACAGGAGUAACGUCAUGGAUAUAACGAAUCAGCUAGUCUAUAUAAAAAUAUUUCAGUGGAAUACAAAUGAGUUAUUCCCAGAAGGCAGAAUUGUGGAACUACUUGGGCAGAAUGACUUAUUCCACAACAUGCAAAAUGCUAUUUUGCUCAACUAUAAUUUAAAUUUUAAUUUAAAAGAACCUUUGGAGGAUAAUUUUUUAAAAAAAUUGAAAAACAAGGAUAUUUUGUACAGUGAUAUAGUGAAUGAAGAAAUAAAGAAGAGAAUGGACUUAAGUAAAAAAUGUAUUUUCACUAUCGAUCCUGAAACUGCCAGAGAUUUGGAUGAUGCGAUUAAUAUUAGCAGAAUAAGUAAAAAAAAAAUUAUAAAAUGCAAUUUUUACAUUAAAGUUAUUCAUAACUUGAUGGUCCACAAUGGAGAAAUUGAGUCCAUUUUGGAAAAAAAUCUCUCCUUUUUUGUUAAAGAGGAUGAUGAUUUUUUUCAGACAUUGAAGGAGAAUAAAUACAUCAAAGAAAUGGAAGAUAUUAAGUAUGAAAAUUUUGUCAAAGAUAAAAUGGAGGGGAAAAAAAAAAAAAAUUUGUACGUAGGGAAAGAAGCUGUGAACAGGUACAGUGGGGGGAACUACCACCACUAUCAGGUAGACAAACACGGUGGGAACUCUUCUAGGAAAAGGAAGACCCACGCUGAUGAGACGUGCUCCCGUUACACACAACAGGGGAACCAAUAUAUGGGAAGCAGCAGCUCGUUGGAGGAAGAAAACUCUCUUCAGAAAAGCAACAGCAGCGAAGAGGCGAUGGGGAACUAUCACCAUGUGGUGGGCAACCAGAAGGGAAGGUCCAAGUAUGAUCCCCCCAGGGUGCACAAGAAUUAUGGCGACUCGGAAUCGGGCAUGGGGGUCCGCAGCACCGCGAGGGGAGGACCACACAGAGGUGUGAGGAACGGCGUAAGGAACGGCGAAAGGAACGGCGUAAGGAACGGCGAAAGGAACGGCGUAAGGAACGGCGUAAGGAACGGCGAAAGGAGAGACAGGGACAAUCGCCUGAGCAACUGCGGAAACCCGUUUGAGGAUUCCUCUAUGUGUAAUUCUGGCUGGGGCCGGGAAAACGAGGAGAGCGCCCGUUGGAAGAAGCGGCUGGCACAGGAGGAUAGCGAUGACAGGGAGGAGAUUAGCGAUGACGGUGAGGUGGAUGACGAGGAUGGAGAUGACGAGGAUGGAGAUGACGAUAAUGGCAACGGCAAUGGCAACGGCAAUGGCAACGGCAAUGGCAACUGCCAAGCUCGUGGUCGUGGAGAGAACGAUGGCGGCGCCGACCCCAGCAAGCUCGCGAAGUACCAGCAUAUCUUCAAAAAGUACCUGAACGAAGACAUAGGAAGGGACGUCCUGAGCAACCACGACUUGUUCUGCGAAAAGUGCAAAAGACACAUAACCCUGAAGGAAAUAAUAAAAGACAUGACAGAAAAAAAAUGGAAAAAAUACAACCUGUUCGAAGUGGGAGUACACAUAACAGACGUAGCCUAUUUCAUCAAAGAAAACUCCUCCCUCGAUAUCGAUGCUCGUAACAGAGCUAUGACUAUAUAUCUAACACAUACUUGCUUUCCGAUGAUUUCCAGAAUAUUAAGUGAAUCUUUAUGUAGCUUGGAUCCUAUUAAUAGCCGAUUGUGCUUGUCCAUAUUUUUUUACAUGGACAGUGCAGGUAGAAUUGAUCAUAAUUCUUUUUUCCUCAAGGAAAGCAUAAUAAACAGUAAGGUGAGAUUUACUUAUGAGGAGGUAUACUUACUUGUGAAAAAUUAUAGCAAAUUGAGAAAGGUGAUUAACCGUUUGAUGAAGGAGGAACGCAGCAGGAGCGCUUCGCGCUUUUUGGGAGUGCCCGCGGGGGGGGAUACUUCUGCGUGGGUGAAUGUGCCAACUCAGUGGGAGAAGCGGCAGGAGGGAGAUGAUGCAGUGAGGGGAGGAACUGUUGGAGAGGUGCUCGAUUUGGGGGAGCACGCCAAGCGCGACAUACACGGCGUACACGGCGUACACGACAUACACGGCGAACACGACAUACACGGCGUACACGGCGUACACGACAUGCACGACAUACACGGCGUACAAGGUAUACACGACAUACGCACUGCGCAAACUUCGAACACUUCUCAAACUGCGCGCACUGCGGAAAAGGGGCCCCUCGCGGCGGUCGCGGCUGAGAAGGAGCAAGUCAGCCAGAAGAGCAGCCUGUACAGGAAAUUCCUCAAUCUGCAUUUUUACUCGAAAAAGAAGAAGAGCGCAAGCGGCGAGUGCGAGAAUGCCUCGUGUGGGAACGCUACCUACGGGCGCACCGAACCGGGCGGCAAGGGUGGCGGCAAGGGUGGCGGCAACAAUGGCGGAAAUAACAACGACGGAGGUAACGGCAACGGCCGCCAGAAUGACCUCCAGAAUGACCGCCAGAACGACCGCCAGAACGACCGCCAGAAUGACCGCCAGAACGACCGCCAGAACGGCGGCAAUAACAGCUGCAACAAGGUGCUGCUCAGCGGAAGCAACAACGAGGAGACAAAGAAGAAAAACACCAUGAUGAAGCAACACAUUCUGCAACACGAAGAAGUAAAAAAAGGAGUAAAGGCUAUCCUAAAAAUUUUCCAAAGCCUAAACAAUAGGAAUUACAAGCUCUCCUACAAAAAAAUUUUUCAAGUUGUAAAGAACUUGUAUUACCUGCACAAGGUCACCAAGCGAGCAAGAGUCAUACGAAAAAAUAAUGGCUCUCUCCUUUUCAAUAAUGAUAAAAUGAAUAUCAUCCUCUCCAGUACAUGUACUCCUAUAGCAAUUGUAAAGAAAAAAUUUACCUUUGCUAAUUACUUAGUGGAGGAACUCAUGUUAAGUGCCAACAAGUUAGUUGCAAUUCGUCAGUAUUUUAGUAAAUAUAGAAACGUGUCCGUUUUUAGAUGUCACAGUAUGGAUAACAUAAUCGAAACAAGUGACAUAAUUGAAGUUUUGGAGAAGCAUGGAAUUUAUUUGCAAGUUUCUGAUUUGAGGCAUAUAUUGAAAUUUUUGGAUGAGGCUAGAAGUGUUAUUAAACAGAAGAGUAAAAAUAUCUCAGAUAUCGUAUGUGCCUAUGCGAAGAAGAAAAUGAUGAGAGCAGAAUAUCACACGUUUAAGCAUAUAAAGGACAACCACAUGAGUACUUACCACUAUGCCUUGUCUUUUCUUUUAUACACGCACUUUACUUCUCCGAUUAGACGAUACCCAGAUAUUUUGGUUCAUCGCGUUAUAAAGAAAAUCAUCAGUGACGAGAACAAGCUGAACGGCCAGCUCUGCACUCGGCAGGAAAUCCUGGCCGCACCGGACACCUCCGACGUGGGCAUCAUUGAGAAAAUUUGCGAAAACUGCAACAACUGCAAGACAAAAUCCAAGUGGGCCCAGAUAGACUGCGAAAUUGCCUUUUUCUGCUUGUAUUUGCAGAAGCGGGACUAUCCGGGUUACAACAGAGGCAUCAUCAUGGAUAUUUACAGGGAGAAGUCUUCUAUAUUCUUCAAGUCCUUCUCAUUUGAAAAUAGCCUCUACUACAGCGGUUACGAAAAGCAUAUCAGCAAAAUGAAUAAGAACCAUCAGGAAUAUUUGAGCAACUACGUUAUACAGGCAAAUAUGGUCAAGCAAGAGCUCACACUUCAUGUUUACAGUGCCAACAAGAGAAAGGUCAUCAUGCGAAGGGUGUAUAAGCGCUUCGAUUACAUUCCCCUGUAUUUUUUCCCCUUGAACACGAUGCCGCCAUCGUAUUUCCUGGCCGUCGCCAUUGACAAGUGAAGAAGAAUCGCGAGUUGCAAGUUGCAAGUGAAUGACACAGCAGCGCAAAAGUGAACACCGUGAUAUCACACACAAGGACAGAGGG